UGACAAGAAAGAAUUUGCACUAGACGUACAUACAGCAACUUGAAAAAUUUCAUCUUUAAGUUUUCUUGGUGCUUAUUUUUCCAAUUGAUUUUUUAUUGUUUUGCAGAUCUAAUAAGAAAAAUUCCAUAAAAAUAGUAUCAAAAUGGCUCUAAGCGAUGCAGAUGUUCAGAAACAAAUAAAUCAUAUGAUGGCUUUCAUCGAACAGGAAGCUACUGAAAAAGCUGAAGAAAUCGAUGCAAAAGCUGAAGAAGAAUUCAAUAUUGAAAAAGGACGUCUAGUUCAGCAACAACGAUUGAAAAUAAUGGAGUAUUAUGAAAAGAAAGAGAAACAAGUUGAACUACAAAAGAAAAUUCAGUCUUCUAAUAUGUUAAAUCAAGCUCGCUUAAAAGUAUUAAAAGUACGUGAGGAUAAUGUUAGAGCAGUAUUAGAUGAAGCUCGUAAAAGAUUGGGAGAAGUAACUAAAAAUCAAUCAGUUUAUCGGGAUAUAUUGCAAAAGCUAAUUGUUCAAGCAUUAUUCCAAACAAUGGAACCACAAGUGACACUUCGCUGCCGUAAGGUUGAUCAUGAUUUAGUUUCAGAUGUAUUGCCAAGUGCAUAUGAACAAUAUCGUGCUUCUAUUGGCAAAGAUGUUGUUGUUACUAUUGAUACUGAAAAUUAUUUACCACCUGAUACUUGUGGCGGUAUUGAACUUAUCGCUUUAAAUGGCCGUUGCAAAGUUCCAAAUACUUUGGAAUCGAGAUUACACAUGAUAUCUCAGCAAUUGGUACCAGAAAUUCGUAAUGCUCUAUUCGGCAGAAAUCAAAAUCGUAAAUUUACUGAUUAAGCUAAUGCAAAGAAAAAUUAAUAAAAAAUAAAACAAUAAGAAAAAAAGUUAUUCCCUUAUGUAAAAUAAAUCUAAAUAAAUUGUAUUAUCUUUUAACGUUUUACUUUUUAGAAUGUAAUUGUCAUUGUAUUUCGAAAAAUUUUAUUUAAAAAUGUUAAUAAAUUUAGCCGUGAGAAAACUCUAUUUUAAAUUGGAUUUAUUGAAAUAAAUGUACAUAAUAUAUUA